AUGGCCAUCACUCGCAUUCCCGAAACCUCAGACGAGGAGCAUCAUGAGGAGCACACGCAAUACGCGCACCUCCAACCCAGCCAAAGCCUUGACCAUCACAACUCACACCAUCACUCGCUCUCCAAUGCCUCAACCGCCACAGUCGACAUCGAGGCAUGGACCAUCGCUGCUCUCGAGUCGCUGAACAUUGCACCAGUCGCUCGUGGAAUUGGAAAUGCGCUGUCUAUCCCUCUCGACGAACAAGCCCCCCACCGCUCGGCAGCGGACCAUGACCCCGGCGCCACGCCCCAGAUGAAGUUGCGUGGUGUUAAGUUUGGUGAUGAUGAUGAUGCGUAUGGUGCGAGCAUUACCCCGCCUCGCCGGCCCCCGUCCCGUCGCGACAGCCUCCGGAAGCGUGAGGCGUUGCUGAAGGGGAAAGAAGGUAGCCGCCAGAGGAGGCGGUGGGAGAAUGACCACCUCAUUGGUGUCCCCAACGCUCAACCACCCCUCCCCUGUGACUGGGAAAUCCGCCCGACUUAUCCCAUCCUCCCUCCCGUGCCCUACCAGCUAGCGCAGUACUGGGAUAACAAGGCCCGCAGCGCCCCAACAACAAGGUCCAAAUCCAGCCGUGGUGACAAGAGCGAGACACAGUCUACCGUAGGUCACGUCCCGCGCGACCUGCGUGCCACGGCUAAGCGCACGCCGGCUGUGAAGUCCUGGUUACGUGUGCUCGAGGAGCCGGUGAGGCAGUUUGUUGUUGAAAGGGGGUUGUUGGCUGCUAGUGUGAAGGAGAAAAUUGUCUCGAAUGAUAAUAAGCGGCCGUCGGAUGAGUCGGAAGGGGGAGACGAGGAUGAGAUUGUGUUUAAGGGACGGCGUGAGCUGAGGCGUGGUAGUGCUGGCGCUAGUGUUCAUGAGGGGUCAUCGAAGUUGACGCAGCAGCAGGGAGCUUUGUCAUCGGAGCAGGGAGUAGGGCACCAGCUGGUUGAGAAUGGGAUGGUGCUGGAGACGGAGGAUGAUGCUAGCGGGGCUUUCAAGCGCUGGCUUACGCACUCAAUCUCGGAUUACUACGGCCUUGAUUCCAAGUCCAUCACAGUCGGCAACCCUGCGCGCCGGAUCGUGUACAUCGGCAUCAAACAGAAGCAGAGUCCACGCCGCAAGCCCCCGGCCAGUCGGCCUGUUCUUCCGCCCCCGUUGUGGGAAAUGUUCUAA